CAGGGAGGUCCUGUGACUGCUGGGAUCUUUGACCUUUCCCCAGCCCUUGCCCUGUAGCAGAGCAGUGAGUUUAAGCACUUUGGAACGUUUCCCAUGAGGAUGAGGACUGUUUAUGGAGUGGUUGCUUUGUGAAAAGUGCUCACCCACAGGAGGUAGAUCACCAGCUGCCAAGAUGUCCAGCAAGAGAGCCAAGGCCAAAACCACCAAGAAGCGCCCCCAACGUGCCACUUCCAAUGUCUUUGCCAUGUUUGAUCAGUCGCAAAUCCAGGAGUUCAAGGAGGCUUUCAACAUGAUUGACCAGAACCGCGAUGGCUUCAUUGACAAGGAGGAUCUGCAUGACAUGCUGGCGUCUCUAGGGAAGAACCCCACUGAUGAGUACCUGGAGGGCAUGAUGAGCGAGGCACCGGGUCCCAUCAACUUCACUAUGUUCCUCACCAUGUUUGGAGAGAAGCUGAAUGGCACCGACCCAGAAGAUGUCAUCCGCAAUGCCUUUGCCUGCUUCGACGAGGACGCGACAGGUUUCAUUCACGAAGACCAUUUGCGCGAGCUGCUCACCACCAUGGGGGACAGGUUCACGGAUGAGGAGGUGGACGAGAUGUACCGAGAGGCCCCCAUCGACAAGAAAGGCAACUUCAACUACGUGGAGUUCACCCGCAUUCUCAAGCACGGAGCCAAAGACAAAGACGACUAGAACCGAGAGGCGCCCGUCCCACCUUCUGUACACCUGCCAUGCCCCUCCUCCCUGAGCACCCGUGCUGCCUCUGGCCCCGAGUCCCAGCAGGCCGACCCCAUGGAAAAUGCCUCAAAGCACAUGACAUGAGGCCUUAACCCUGCUCUGCAUUAGGGACGAGCUGGCCCCCACACAAAUGCCCCUCCCAGGAGAAGAUGAAUCUUCACGCUCCCGUCCCUCAGCCCUUAGAGCAUGUCAACCAUUCCUGGCCUCCGACGAUCUUGUUCGCUGCAGGUCAGGCCAGGUGGCUCCCGUUCCCACAAGGAUCUGACCUCCUGAAUUAGUGCUGUAUGGAGGAGGUGACCAGAGGAAAGCGGGAUAGUUAUCAUGGGCUCAGCUCACCAGUGCUGUAGCAUCUGGCAAUGUGUAUAUGAUCCAUGGCCACCCAGAGUGUGAACCCCUGAGGGGGCCUGUUGAGGAUGCUGCUUAGCCCUUGGCCAUUGAAUCUCUUCCCAGCGACACCACUCCGACCCUCUCCCUGUAUUUCAGAGCAGGCUCAUACUGGAGCCAAAAGUUCUGUUCUUCUAACCCACUGGGAAUCCCUCCUUGCCCUGGCCCCACCUGCCCCGCCCCAUUCUGCACUCAUAAUAAUUUGCACUUAGAUAGCACCUUUCACCUGAGAAUAGCAGAGCACAUGGACCCCUGUGUAUUUUCCCUGCCAUGCCCCAGCCUAUCCGGCACAGAUCCUUGCAGUGGGGUAGACCAGGAGGGGUAGGGGUCCCUCUACCGGGUGCUGGUGGUGAGGUGCUGCAUGGUAGAUGGAGCAUGCACACAAGGCAUUCCUGGGGGUGGCUUUGCUGUGCACAGAUCUUGCAAUCACACCAGCCAAGGGUGGUCAAACUAUUCUGCUGGGGCCUAACAUUUGUGUGUCUAAUUAGCCCCUCUCAAUGAGGAACAAUAAAAUCCUGCUCUGCAUUUUACCUUGAUGACAAAGUUUACCCAUAAUCCCCAGCGGUUAGCCUUCUGUUUCAGGGCUGACUUUCCCCAGUGUCGCAGUCCAUAAAACAAGAGCCCUCCCCCACAUUAAGCCAGUCACAGCUCCUGUCACCAGUAUGGGUCUGUCACCCACUGGAAUGAAUGAAUGGCAGUUCCCAAUGUGCGCGCUACACUUGGACUCAAGAGACAGCAGAACAUGGGAUUUGCCAGAAUGGAUAUGAGCCUUGAUCCAUCCAAUCCCAGGUCCUGCCUCCCAUCUCAGCCAAUAUCCAGAGCAUGAGAGACAGGUGGGACCUCCUCAGAACACACCUCACCAGCUGUGUCAUGCUAGGUACCUAGAAUAGAAAACCACCUGCAUUCCACUAGACAGCCAUUUUCCACCUUGACACACAUGCUUUGAUUACCCGCCCUCUCCUUACACACAUACCCUCAGAUAUUAUCCAGCCUGAUUCCCAGGGUAUAUUACGUAAUAUGCAGGGGAUCAUAAACCCAUAUAGACCAUCUCCAUUCAUUUUCCAGCAGUUAUUAUCCAGUACAAAUCCAGACCCUAAGAACAGUGACAAGGAAAGGAAUACACAACUGCCCCCUCUUUUUAAAAAACAAUUGUUUUCUAUUUGAAUAAUUGUGUUUUUGUGGCUUUAGAAUCUGUGAUGUAAGGGAUUCAGAAAAUUGAAAUUACCUAUAAAAUAUAAAGGAUAUAAUACCAAUGA